AGCAGCUGGAGUCCCACUCUUCGCCCUCUCUCCUCUCCGAAAAAACGCACUAAAUGUAAUAACAACUCUCCACGCGCUUCUCUGACGCUUAUGUUGUGUUUACGCACAUUUGCGCUCCGCUAUCGGCAGAUAUUAUCGGCAGGCUGAUGGUGUUGCGUCCGCGGUGGCCGGACACAGCAAACUGUGAGAAGGAGCAGAAAGACAGAGGAGAGGAAAAACUCUGGCAGCGCCGUUUUGGAGUUGGAGUUGCAGCGUAAAAAAAAGAAAGAAAAAAGAAAAAAAAAGAAAGAAAGAAAGAAAAAGUCCCAGGCAACUCCAGAGGCACAUCUGCAACUUAGGAGGAGGAGAAGAAGAAAGAAGGCACAUACUUUUUUUUUCUUAAGAAGAUUUAAAGGCAGACUUAUAGUGGAAAUCAUCCAGAAAGAAAGAAAUCAUCUCGUCUCCAUGAGGUCUUGAGGAAUGAUCCAACGCCAUGGAAACCCAGUCCCAGGCCAGUUCCGCAGCUGAGAAGAAGAAGAGGGUGGAGAAUAUCGUGGCUACGAAGGGCUCGUCAGCACGCAGUGACAUCAGCGAGAAGGCGGUGGCCUCCAGCACCACUUCAAACGAAGACGAGAGUUCAGCCACGCCGUACCACCGCGAGAGGCGCAAUGCCAUCAGCUCCCAGGCCCCAGCGGCGGGAGCCCCCGAGAGGAGCGUGAACGAGGAGCCCUCCACCUCCUCGGAGGAACGGCCGUCCCUCCUCAAGAAGGACCCGCACGGCUCCCUGCCCCACCUGACCGAGCAUGCCCUGCCGUACCGGGGCACGCUGUUCGCCAUGGAUCCCCGCAACGGCUACCUAGACACACACUACGCUCCUCCACAGUUCUUCCCUUCCUUCCAUCCUCCUGUGCCGAUAGACGACCGACACACCCAGGGACGCUACAUCUACGACCCCUCCCCGGUGCCCCCUCUCCACGUGCCUCCAGGACUGGCGGGCAGUCCAACUUUCUCCGACAUCUCCCUCAUUCGGAUCUCUCCCCAGCGGAACCCCUCCGUGGGGGCGGAUUCGCCCUUUCACCCUCCGCACCCCUACAUCAACCCGUACAUGGACUACAUCCGCUCUCUCCACAGCAGCCCCUCCAUCUCCGUUCUGUCGGCCACCCGGGGCCUCAGCCCCGCAGACGCCCCUCACACGGGUCUGACCACGGCGGAGUACUACCAUCAGAUGGCUGUGCUCGCCGGCCACCGCAGCCCGUACACGGCCGACCUGCUCCCGUCGGUGGCGUCCACCGCCGGGGCCACCACGGCCAGCGCCCUGCACAUGGAGUACCUGCAGGCCAUGGAGAGCUCCCGUUUCCCGAGUCCCAGGCUCCCGACGCGACCCAGCAGGAAGCGGCCCCUGCCCAUUUCGCCGCUCUCCGACCACAACUUUGACCUGCAGACCAUGAUCCGCAACUCGCCCAACUCCCUCGUCAACUCUCUGCUCAACAACUCUCGCUCCAGCUCCUCCACCAGUGGCUCCUACGGCCACCUCUCCGCCGGGGCCAUCAGCCCGGCGUUAAGCUUCGCCUACCCCCCGACCCCGGUGGCGUUCCACGUGCACCAGCAGCUGAUCGGCCGCCAGCCGAGCCUCGUGGGCUCCGCCUUCGGUCACAGUCCCCCCAUCGUGCACCCGACGCCGGCCUUCGCUAACCAGCGGCCCGUGCCGGGCAUCCCCCCGCCCGGGCUCAGCGAGCGCUCGGCGCUCUCCAACGACUCCUCACAGACCAAACCCACAAGCGAAUCUGCCGUGAGCAGCACGGGUGACCCGAUGCACCACAAACGCUCCAAACUGAAACCCGAGGAGGAGCUGCCGAGCCCUGGCGCGGUGAGCGUGCAGGACCAUCCUGAUGGCAUGACUCUGGUGAAGGAGGAAGGAGACAAGGAUGAGAGCAAGCAGGAGCCGGAGGUGGUCUACGAGACGAACUGCCACUGGGACAACUGCUGCCGCGAGUUCGACACCCAGGAGCAGCUGGUGCAACACAUCAACAAUGACCACAUCCACGGAGAGAAGAAGGAGUUUGUGUGUCGGUGGGAAGAAUGCUCCCGAGAGCAGAAGCCCUUCAAGGCGCAGUACAUGCUGGUGGUCCACAUGCGCAGGCACACCGGAGAAAAACCACACAAGUGCACAUUUGAAGGCUGCGCCAAGGCCUACUCGCGUCUGGAGAACCUUAAAACUCACUUACGUUCUCACACUGGUGAGAAACCGUACGUGUGCGAGCACGAGGGCUGCAACAAGGCGUUUUCCAACGCUUCCGACCGGGCCAAGCAUCAGAACCGCACACACUCAAACGAGAAACCGUACGUGUGUAAAAUCCCAGGCUGCACCAAACGCUACACGGACCCCAGCUCCUUACGCAAACACGUGAAAACGGUACACGGCCCCGAAGCGCACGUCACCAAGAAGCAGCGUGGAGAUUACCCGCGGCCCCCGCCCCAGCCCAGGGAGCCCGGGGGGAACGGCCAGGGCCGGUCGCCGGGGCAACUGCCCCUGGGCGGGUACACGGACCAAAGGGAGUACAACCACACUACCUCAAAACAGGAUGAAUGUCUGCAGCUCAAGUCUAUCAAGACGGAGAAGCCCAUGACGUCUCAGCCAAGCCCUGGCGGUCAGUCUACAUGCAGCAGUGACCAGUCCCCCGUCAGCACCUAUCCCAGCGGUGGAGUCCAGCUUGCUGUGAGCGCUGGACGCUCGCCAGGGGAGGGGCUGGAGGAGGACGAGGAGAAAGAGGAACAUGAAGAGGAGGCAGAAGAGGAGUGUGAGGGUGAGCCAGCCCCCAUCAUGGACUCCACGGUCUCCACAGCAACAGCGGCCAUGCUGACCCUGCAGGCGAGGCGAAGCAUCGGCCGCCCCUUGCGCUGGAUGGAGCACAUGAAGAUGGAGAGGCUGAAGCAGGUGAACGGAGCGCUGCCCAGGGUGGGGGCCCUGUCCCCUACACCGCCCCCCAAAACCACUGCAGUGCCCAACAUCUUGGGGAAAGGAUCCUGUCCGGGCAGGCAGUUGGGGGUGUCUGCUAUUCCGCCGCCCAUCCAUGAGUAUGGCCCCACAGAGCUAACGAUGCUAAAUCUGCUCCGAGACCGGCGGGACAGCAGCGGCAGCGGCACGAGUUCCGCCUACCUGAGCAGCAGUCGACGCUCUUCGGGCAUCUCCCCCUGCUUCUCCAGUCGACGCUCCAGCCAGGCUUCCCAAAGCGAGGGUACAAUGGCGGCCGCUCAUCACCGGCGCCACCACAACCUCAGCUCCACCGAUUCUUAUGAUCCCAUCUCCACAGAUGCCUCGCGCCGGUCCAGCGAGGCCAGCCAGUAUGGAGGUGGGGUAGGAGGAGGCGUGGGGAUGUAUUUAGCCGGGAGCUGUGGAGGUGUGGGAGGAGGAACAGGCAUUGGAGGCAGCGGGUCACGGGGCAUGCUCAAUCUAACUCCAGCUCAGCACUACCACCUGAAAGCCAAGUACGCAGCAGCUACCGGUGGACCGCCGCCUACCCCUCUACCCAACAUGGAGCGCAUGAGCUUGAAGACUCGCAUGGCCAUGAUGGAUGAGGGUAGCAGCGGCCAGUGUUUGCCACCUCUUGUGAGACCGCCUCGCUGCACUGAGAGCAGCACUGGGUACAGCAACGGUUACAUGGCACAUCCAGGUUACAGGAGGAGGGUCUUAUAUCCUGGCGAGGGACCGCUGAACGGGAACCGAAGGGCCAGCGACCCAGUGCGGACGCAUGUUCCUGAAACUUUCAGUUUGCCCCCAGUGCAACGCUUCAAUAGCCUUAAUAACCUCCACCCGCUUCCCCCUCUGGCUCAUCAUUCUGUACCUGAACCUCGCAAUUUUUGCCUGCAGAACUACACGCGCUCAGAGGGGAACUUGCAGACGGGCCUUCAGCACUCACCGUACACUUCGAGCAUAGCGGAACAUGCGGCUUUAGAAGCUCUGGCCAUGGAGAAUGACGAGGACGCUGGUCUGUUGCUCGGUGAUGAGGAUAUGUUGCCGGAUGAACUGGUGCAGUAUCUGCGCUCCCAGGUACAAAUGGACGGUGGCUCUUUUGUUCACAAUGAAGACCAAAUAGUUUCUAGCCAAAGGGACACCUCCCAUCAGUCUAUAGAGGCGAUGGAGAGUUCAGGGUUGAAUUGGACCUUCCCUCGAUCUCACAAUCCCCAGCAACAGCAAAUGGCAAAGAGGAAGAGCCCCUGUAAGCUUCCCAUCCAGUGGAAUGAAGUAAGUUCUGGAAGUGCUGACAGGUCUCCUCAGAGGGAAAGAAAUCUGUAUCCACAGUGUGGAAGGUGGCCCGCCGCAGAGUACGGAUCAACGGCUGCUCCUUUUGGCAGGUUCGGAAACAUGGUGGUUCAGCAGCAGGUGUCUGUUGACUUUCAGAACAGUUGUGCCCAGGUUAAUCAGCCCCAAAACAAUUGCCCUGUCAACCCUGUUAUUAAACUAGAGGGAUCCCCUAACUCCUGCAUGGAGAUGGGGGGCACUGGUGACAACUCUGCAAAUGCCUUUGGCCGGCCAAACUUCUCGCAGGUCAUUGACGGGCCUCUUCCCCAGGACCUGAAACAGCAGGCGUCAAUCGGACCUCAAAAACAGAGUCAUUUCCAGCAGAACCAGGGCAAUAGCACCUCUUGGCAGGUUGGAAACAAUCUAAUGCUUAGCCGGGGCUCAAUGGACAGCCUCAACAACCUCCCCCAGGGAAAUGUUCCUUAUCAGAAUCGCCUGGUACAUGCUCCUCAUCCACCCAUCCACCCUUACAAGAACUCAAUCAGGACCCAGCAGUACCUCGGCCCCGAGAGGUCCGGAGCAAUCCCCCCCAACUCCAACCAGUCACAGCAACUGCAGAGGAAUGGAGACCAGUGUUCUCUUGCACAUCAGGUAUCUGGGCUGAAACUAGAGAACCCAGACCACGGAUACCUGCAGGAAGGCUUCGUGGACUGUCUCCCCGAGUGCGAGGCCUCGUCAUUCCCUGUUCUGGAGGACCAGAGCUUGUUGGACUCCGGUGCUGAGCCUGAGGGAACUCCUGGUGUCAAUGGGAAUUCAGCGGCGCUUCCCUCUCCUGGUUCAGACCAAGUGACGAGCACCGUGAAUGGCCAUAUGCCCGGCGUAUUCGACGAAGGGGUAAAUCUGGACUUUGGUUCCAUACUGGAAGAUGGCUAUGACCAGGGUAGCUUGGUGUCUGGGCUGUUGAGUCCCUCCAUCUUCCAGGGCAUGUCCAGGACCUCGUCACGUCUCACCACCCCUCGGACAUCUGCUGCCUUCCACAGCGUGGCUCCAGGCGCAAACAACAUGGCCAUUGGAGACAUGAACUCUCUUCUCACCACCCUUGCUGAGGAGAGCAAGUUCUUGGUCAUCAUGCAGUAGCUGCUCUUUAUCUCUGCUUUCUCCUCUCUUAGGAUAAAAAAAGGAAAACAGAAGAGACAAAUGUUGGUGUAUGUGAAGAAUUAAAAAAAAAAAGUGGCAAUUAUCAUGUACUGAAAGUGUUCUGAAAUAGCAUUUGCCAAACUCUAAUUUUGUAAAAGUGUUAUCCUACACAGAAUUGGGAUGGUCAAAAAAUAUGUAUAGAGAAAUAGUUAUAUUCCUUUUCUGGAAUGAAGGCUAUUUUUGGAAGCCCCUAUCUUUGUAUAACUACGUGAUGGUGAGCAAAUGUUCAUGUCCUUGGACCAGUAUUCUGCAUAUUGUCACUGUUUUUUGCAGUACAUGUACUCUCUAUAUAAGUACAUAUAAGUACAUGGACUGGCCCACGUGCAAAGACUCGACCGCUUUAAUCCAACAGGUACAAAACCGCUCAACCCUUUCUUUGAAUAAGGGCGUGACACAUGGAUCAAUAAUUAAACAGACCCCGUUGACAAUUUUUUUUACAACAUAGGUUUUAAUAAGUGGUAUAUUUACAUUUGUCGUCAUUUUGUUUUUAUAUGUUACUUUUGUGAAGCUGUAAAUGUUUCUGUGCUUCUAUCAAGUUUUACCAAGUGGUGUUUUUUUGUUUGUUUUUGUUUUGUUUUGUUUUGUUUUGUUUUUUCCCGUCAAGAUUGAGUCCAAAAAGUUAUCCAAAAAAAGAAAAAAUUGACGCACACAUCCAAGUCUUCAAGACACCAUAUAUUGUUGUCUACUUGAUAUCUACAUGGCUUCAUUUAGUUAGUCUGGUAAGGUACUCACAAAUGUAUAUAACAGUGCUUUUAUAUUUUUUGUCUGUGGUCUGAUUUUUGAUGUUGGAUUGCACGAUAGUUUGGAGCUGAUGUGUUAAUGGACGUUCAGUCCUUGAUUUGGUGCUUUACAUAUGCUUACAAGAAGUGAUACGAGUACUUCUGUCGACCACUCUGUGCAGCAGUACCACUUCUGGCCACCUGGGGGCAGCAUAUCAGAACAAACCUCAAUGGAGCAAGACACUAUGAAGUGCACUCUUAGUGGGACAAAGUGGUAUUACAAGAUAUGCCGGACCGUCUCCAUGCACUAAGCACAGUAUUAUUAGCACAGUGGCUCUUUUUUUCAACACAGCAGAUCUGCAUCCCCCCAUGUGGACAGAAAUGGUAUUUUUACAUAGAAUGACUAAGACAUGAUAAGGUCCACAGCACAUGAAACGUGCUGCAAGUCAAUGUGUUUGGUUUUUAUAGGAAAUCAUCUGUAUUGUUUUUCUCCAAAGCUCUUAAAAUUCAGAAUGUGUACUGCCAUCAAGUAUUGCAGUGACUUUGUCAAUAGUGUUAGUAUUGCCUUGCAGUCGUCUGCGACUGCACACAGAAUAUUGAGUAGUUUACCUUUUAUCCAGCGUCGGAGCAAUGAGGUACAAACUGUUUUAUCGUCAUUCGGUACUUUUGUCAUUUUUGUAGCUGUGCAUUAAUGGUGUUUUUGUUAUCUCAAAGAAGUAGAAAUCAUUUCCUUUGAAAGAAGGAAAUCAUUGAGGUAUGUGCCUUAAACGUAUCUGCCAGUUGGUAAAACGAGAUCACUGCCAAUCUUCCAUUGUGAAUACUGAAAAAAAAAAAAAAAUUUAAACAUAUAAAGUGUCUUGUGAGACCUGGAUAAGGAUAAAAAGUGACAGAACAUUUAUAUAUGAAAAGUCUGAAUAUCAGAGAAGUUAAGAUUUGCGAAAUGCAUUCUACGUUUCUUUGAUUUGAUUUUUUUUUUUUUAAGUUUUCGCAUUUACUGUGCUUUUAUAUAUAUUAUGUAAAUACAUUACUCUUUCUGUAGUUUUAGCAAAAGAAAUGCGGCGACCAAUAAAGAAGUGAGUUGGAAAGCAGGGAUUGGCGGGCCCUGGGUCAAGGCCAGGCGGAUCUGGCUCCGCGCGGAGCUGCGAGUGCGCAGCGCCGCUCCUCCGACACCAGAGCCGCUUCGCUCUUUUAUAUCUGACAACAAAUGUUUGUAUUGUUUUAAUAAAAACGGAAAUUAUA